ACCAACUCAAUCGCAAUCCUCAAAAUGGCUCAAAUCCAGCCCCGCUACGAUCUCCCCUACCGGAAGCAGCAGCAGCAGCCGCAGCUCUCUCACCAGGUGGCCAAGACCACCACCGCCGUCACCCUCGGCGGCUCCCUCGUCGUCCUCUCCGGCCUCACCCUCGCCGCCACUGUCAUCGGCCUCGUCCUCGCCACCCCGCUGCUCGUCAUUUUCAGCCCCGUCCUCGUCCCCGCAGCCAUCGCCGCCUUCCUCAUCCUCGCCGGCUUCGUCACUUCCGGCGGCUUCGGGGCCGUCGCCAGCUUCGUCUUCUACUGGAUGUAUCGAUACGCCACGGGAAAACACCCUGUCGGGGCCGAUCAGAUCGACCGCGCCAGGGACAAGAUUGCCCACGCUGCGUACGAUGUCAAGGAGAAGGCCGAGCACUACGGGCAGCAGCAGCAGCAGCACGUUAAGGGCACUUAAAAGCCUUUAAUUAUAACCUAAUUUUCGUUGUUAUUAGUUUUGUGAUGUUUUAAUUUGCUGUUAAUUACGUGUAACGUCUUGAUGUUUUUGUGUGUUUGCGUACCCUUCCUCAUAAUUCACAAUUUGUGAUCAUAUCAUUAAUAAUUUUCUGUUCCUAUGA